AUGGAUCUAUGGAAAUGCAUGGUUAGAGCUAAUAAAACCCCUACGGAUCCCACAGAAAAAUUGAAAUACGAUGCAGAGCGGCUCGUCUGCUCCGCUAUUGUCCAGGAAUACCAUGUGAUGAUCCAGGAGGGACUCGAGUACUCUUAUGUAACGAAUGGGGUCGCUCGUAUCCUUCUCCGCGUUCCAUACGACGAUCCUAGCACAGUGUACUACUUUUUCUGUGAUCCUAACAGCGAACAGAGUCUCCAAGAGCCGAAGACCUCCAUCGCUAGGGUUCUGUGUCUGUGUUUGAUGGCGUUCCAUUCCCCUGUUCGUGGCCAGGAAUGGAGAAAUACUGUACAGUCGCGGCUCCAUUUGUGGACAACGAGCUUCGACCACGCUCUUUCUCAGACUCCCAAGGAAGUCUUGCAGCAAAUCUCUCCGCAAUCCGACAGUACCGACCCAGAGUAUGUGAGUCCAGAAUCGAGUUCGGACUACCAACCAUCGUCGCCUCUACAGGAAUCUCCGACAGCGGGUCGCCGUGUGCGCACGAGGUCUCAAGCCAGCUGUGCGCCCUCGGAUGUGCGCCACCGGACGCAGUCGCCAGACUCGUCAGGCUCCGACUCGAAUCAAGCGACGGGACGCAAACGAGGCUUCAGCCAGAUCAGAUCUUCCCCUUCUGCGCAACGAGCAGCUCGUCAAAUCGAGGCCGCGAAAGACAAAGGCGGCCAUUCCAAACGCCAUGAUGCGCAAUUUUGCACCCAACGAUGCUUACUCGGGUUGCAGACUGGAGGUAUCCUAGACGACAGUUGCCCAAACAUGAAGCUCCAUCGUCGGGGCCAAGAUGUCAUGAAACAUUCCAUCACCGCGGAGGAUUUAGUGGGGUUGCUCAAAGCACAACUGGAUGAAAACAUUGAUCGAUGUACGCCCCUUGGAAAUUGCGGGGCAUACGGCGCGCCAUUUAAACUCAUUUGUGAUAAAUAUGGCUAUGUUGUCGUUGGGAAAGGGACCACGUCGGGUCUUUGGAAAGAAGUCUCCCGCGAGGCGCAGGUAUAUCAAGUCCUGCGGAAGGCUCAAGCAUCCGCUGUGCCUGUUUUCCUCGGUACAAUCGACUUGAAAAAAAUUUAUUUUCUUCAUGGGGCUGGAGAGAUUCGUCACAUGCUCGUUAUGGGCUGGGGGGGCGAAAGCACAGCAACGAUGGAGCUGACGCCGGGGCUUCUCAAAAAUAUUAACAAAUCGAAUAAGGAAAUCGAAGCUUUAGGAAUCUUCCACGAAGAUCUUCGGCCCGACAAUAUCCUUUGGAAUGAAGAGCUCAGGCGGGCAUUGAUUAUCGACUUUCAUCGCUCUACAUUGAAAUGUCGGCCAGCUCCAAAGCGAUCACGAGCAAAGACACGAUUUUGGCGAACAGAGUCAGGCGAUGUAAAGCGUUGA